AGGAGUGAGGGAUUUUUGUCAAGAGAGAAGAAAGAGAACAUAUAUAGUAAAUUGACCCGCUUGUUGCCGCAGCGACAGCGACGUUUUGUACGUGUAUGUAGGCAGCUUUGGCUUUAUAUAGUUUAUUGCAUCCAUGGUGCUUGUUGGCGUUCUCCUGAACAAUCGCAAGAAACCAGCUCGACGGAAAUCCCGCGUGUAGACCACGAUUUUGUCUCGUUUUUCGACCUUCGUCAAGAUGAUCGUGCAGCAGACGCUCCAACAUUCGUUGUGUUUGUUCUUGAUAAUAAAAUCGUAUUGAUUGAACAGACUGAAUACCUGUGAGAAAAAAAUAAAGAGAAAGAGAGCGAGACGUUCAUUCAUGCGACAGUAAACACGAAGUGAGAGAAUGGGCUUUGAUGUCAAUCGAUUCCAAGGACCUGUCGAUGAAGAACUGAUCUGUCCUAUUUGCUCUGGAGUGUUACAAGAUCCUGUGCAGGCACCAGCUUGUGAGCAUGCAUUCUGUCGUAUUUGUAUGACUGAAUGGAUCAAUCGUCAACCUACCUGUCCGUUAGAUCGUACUCCAACCACAACAGCUCAAUUGUCACCAGCUCCAAGAAUUUUAAGAAAUCUUCUGGCAAGGUUACGUAUCAAGUGUGACAACUAUGUUCAUGGUUGUCAGCAAGAUAUCAAAUUGGAUACCCUAGGGCAACACUUGGAAGAAUGUGAAUUCAAUCCCAAACGACCUGUUACUUGUGAUGAAGGCUGUGGCCUAAUCAUCCCCAAGGAUGAGAUGAAGAAUCAUAACUGCGUCAGGGAGCUCAGGAAUCUCAUUCAAACUCAGCACAAGCAAAUGUCUGAUAUGAGAAGGGAAUUAGGUGAACAUCAGUUACAACUCAACGAACAAAAGAGAGAGAUACACUUAUUAAAAGACUUUAUGAGAGCAAUGAGAGUCUCUAAUCCUAUUAUGAGAGACAUUGCUGAGCAAAUGGAAAAGGAUGAAAUUGCUAGAUGGUCUGCUACUUUGCCCAGAGCUAGAGUUACUCGAUGGGGAGGCAUGAUUUCUACUCCAGAUGAUUUGUUGCAGACAAUGAUUAAGAGGACACUGUCGGAGCACAAUUGUCCGCCGCACGUAAUAAACGAGCUGAUGGAAAAUUGCCACGAGCGUAAAUGGCCUGCGGGACUCAAUAGCCUGGAGACGCGUCAAAAUUCAAGGCGACUUUACGACAACUACGUAUGCAAACGAGUGCCCGGUAAACAAGCUGUAAUCGUGCUACAUUGUGACAACACUCAUAUGCCUGAAGAUAUGACUAUUGAGCCAGGUCUCGUUAUGAUCUUUGCUCAUGGUAUCGAGUGAUUUUCAAUAUUGCGCGUUGCAAAGUUGAAAGGACAAAAGAAUUCUAUUUUUUUACGAAGAGAUAGGUACUAAACUGUCCUUUGACAAUUGUGGUUUUUCUAUACUAGCAUAUUCUUAUUUCCCGCUCCAUAACAUGUUAGUUUUUGAUUCUACUUUUUAUUUUUCAUCGUCUUCGAGUUGUCUCUUUGGAAAAUGAAUAAUCGUUCGUAUAUAUACGUCGAAGUUGAUUUUACAAUAUCGUUAAGUUUUAUUAAUUGUAACGAGAAAAUGUGAUAAUUAUCUUAUAAAAAAGUAUACAAACACACAGUGAUCAUAUACUACCGUGAUGUAUGAAAUCCAAAAAACAAACACGAGAUCGUAUAUUUAAACUGUAUGUUAAGAAUAAAACAAUAAAAAAUGUUAAAAGGUGUUUGUAUUGUACUCUUUAACUUCCUUGUAAAAAAAAUAUUUAUUCUUUUGUCAUUAAACCAAAGUUUAUUGUAUUCAGAUGAACUCAUUUGAUUCACAGUCAUAUUUCCAAUAUAAUUGAAUUAUUUAUACUAGUUACCUAUUUCAUAUUUAUUCAAUUUCUUUGUUGCGUGAAUUUAUAAAUAAAUUGGUGUUGUGACCGUAAAGUGAUUUUAUAACCAUAAGAAAAUGAACAGUGAUCUUUAUGGAUCCCAUCAGUUUCCAAUUUGUAAAUUUAGUUAAAAAGUAACUUUCAAAGCGCUCAUAGCGGCUUUUUCGGUUAUAUCAUGAAUGUAAAGUGCUUGGCACACUUGCAAGUAUAAACUGUCACAAAAUUCAAACGAGCUCAUACAUGUAUUACAGAAUCGGUGGUAGUGCAUUGAGUUUUUAAUUGUGUAUUAUAUAACCUUAAGUAUGAGAUAUAAUUUUAUAUAAUUUAACAGGAUCCAAUUAAUAUAAAGUCAUUACAAUGUAUUGUAAAAUUAUUUAUCAUCUGUCACAUCGC